AUGGCGGAUAUUGAGUCGAGCCGUCGAUCAGAUGUUCACGAAUAUCAAGGACCGAACGAGGUGGUUGGUGUGGAGGAGGGAAGAAAAAUAGAGCGAUCCAAGUUCCCGAACAACGGUGAAAUUAGACGAGGCAAGGGCGAAUCUGAAGAACAGGCAAGAGAGAUGGGAAGCGACCGACCCCAGGCGGAUGGACAAAGAAGCCAGAAGAGGCCGCAAGAAAACUCAACCCAGACAAAUCUCGAGGGAAGAGCCAAAGAAUCGAAUCGUUUGCCACCGCGCAGAACCAGACGCGAACUCGGUGGCUGA